UUUGCUAAUGCGGGCAAAACUACUCUGACUUUGCAUGUAAACCCAAUGUGAGCGGAUAUUUCAACAACUGUAACAUCAUAUUUUGUUGAAUUGUUACUGAAUCUAUGAUGAAACCAUUAACUCUCCAGAGAAUUGGUCGGAUCCGGAACAAGUGGAUCACGGACGCAAUGUCGGAGAUCCUGUGUACAUUCAUGCUAGCUCUGUUCGUGUACGCGUCCGGUGCUCAAUCGAUCCUGUCCCACGGGGAGGCUAGCACAGUCCCAGGACGGGCCCUUGCCGCUGGGGCGGGGCUCAUGAUCGCUGUAUACUGCGGGAUCAACGCUUCCGGUGCUUGUGUUAACCCUGGGAUUACGUUGAUGUUCUGUAUGACCGGGAAGUUGCCAUGGAAACGGUACCCUGUCUAUGUUGUCUGUCAGUUUAUUGGCGCUUUUUUGGCCGCUUCACUAACGUUUGGAGUUUAUAACGAGAUGAUCAACACAUUUGACGGUGGAGUACGGCAGGUUUACGGCGAUCAGGCGACCGUCAGCAUUUUCACAUCCUUCCCAAGCCAAGACAUCUCAACAGGGACAGGUUUCUUUGAUAUUUUUGUUGGAUGCGGUCUCUUGACGGGUUGCACUUGCAUGCUCAUUGACCCUAACAACGCCAACGCUGCCCCUGGCGUGGUCCCUAUAGCACUUGCCCUCAUGCUGUAUGGUAUCAUUAUGGGUUUCGGCGUCCAAACCGGCGCGCCUAUCAACUUGUCCAUCGACUUUUCAGGAAGGUUAUUUGCAUUUUUUGCUGGGUAUGGCGCUGACGUGUUCAGACGAGAUAAUUACUGGUUCUGGGUCCCACCAACAGCGUGUAUUUCUGGAACAAUUACCUUCGUGACAACAUACCAGCUUAUGAUUGGCAACCAUCUCCCAGAUAACAACCCAUCCACGGGCGGUAACUCGGCCGAUUCAACUAACUGUGAUGACAGAGUAAAUGGUAUUGACGGAAUUCACGGACAAGAAAAGCACAAGUAUUCGGUGAAUGAAUUAAACAAAGACGAUCAAUGGACACUAUCAAAUAACAUCGUCACAAAAAUAUAGGAAAGUUGAAUAGCUUCUUGAAAACUGCUUAAUGCAGUUGAUUUAUAUGGCGCUUAGGGAAUAUGGAAAGGUACUGAAGCCAAAUUUACAUCUUGUAUUCCAAUGUGCACAUCUUGCUUUCUUACCUGUGUAUCUUGCUUCAUUCCAUCUAUAAUUCUGUAUUUGAGCAUCUUUAUUGCUAACUUCGUGAAGUUUCUUCUUGUACUUUGGCUAGUUCAAAAUAGCAUUCAGUGUUUGCUUAUGCGUAAAUAGGCAUGCGUAUGUUUUAGGAAUUACUAAGCGGUCAAUUAUCAAUGCAUUUAUUAAUCUUAGAUAUAAUCGUUUUGAAUAUUCUUAUUUCAGCGAACACUUCACUCUAGCUAGCUCUUCAUACUUCCUUACUAUUCAAUAUGAAUGACAGAUGUCAUCAAGCAUCGACGAAAACUGCAUAGCAUGAUGCAAUACGUCUCUUGAUGAGUGUUUCAUAUUAUUUCCCCAUGUAGCAUUGCGCUAGCAAUGUCGGUAAUUAAAAAAACUCUUCUAAAAAAGAGUUAGAUACGGAACGGUGACUUAUUGCUUUUGGUCGAGAGUUUCCGUCCUGUUCCGUAUAAAUUUCCGAACUCAUGCCCUCUGGUGUUUUACAUUCUGCUUCCAGGCAUGUUACAGAGUGCUUUGUUUGCAUGUGAUUUUCGUUCAUUACGAGAAUAUAAAGUUUCUUAAUGACAUAUUACAGAUUAUCACAACUCCAUUAUUAACUUUGAAAAUGAACGGAAUUGAAUAUAGCAUCAAGCAAGUUGCUCAGAUGACGAAUUAAGGUUACAAUAAGGCAACAUGCACAAGUCAGGAAGCUAAAUGCAAAUGAAUGAACGCAAUAUUGUAGGCUUGCUUCGAUACAUUUCCAUAGGGAAACUGCGUUUCUGUUUUGAUACAAAGAGUCAUUUAAACUUGUCUUGUAUAUAGACAGUGUCAGCAAUAAUGACGUCACAAAAAUGACAAUUAUGUAAGACGACAAAGUUUUCUGUAACUUUAAACGUAACGUUUCAGAUGUAUAUGAGCAAUUAGGAGCGUAGACCUGUCCUGUAUCAUGUAGAAGCAUGUACUAUCGCCUCCUUGUCCUCUGAUCAUUACGGAAAUGAUUAAAGUCCAUGGGUAAAGCCCGUUGCCAUUUAUAUCAUACAAUGUUGCCAUUGCCCUAAGAGCAUCUUAGUUCGUCCUUUUUUGAGGAGUAUGGUCGGUGGCCAGAAGAUUCAUUUACUAGAAUAGGGCACACAUAUAUAGGGCGAUAGUUGUAUAUCAUAACUAUUAUUGUUAUGGGCAAAGAAUUCAUGGAUUUAUUUCCACAAGCAUGAAGCGUUGUCCAUAACGGUCCAUUGAUGGAAAUGAUAUUACUGUUUUAAUAGUGUCUUUUUAUUGCUUUGAAAUAUAUCUUGGAGUUUAUGCUCCAACUAAAUAUUUGUAGGUAUUGUUGUAUGUAUUCAUUAAGUACUCGGGGUAUUUAAAACAUAUAUAGUAUUCAUUGAGUAGUUAAUAUGUUGAAUUAAAUCUAUUAAGAUGGCUAUUCUAUGUACUUGUACACAAUAUAACAUCCAUCUUUUGCUGUCACGGAAUGACACAAAAAUGCGGUGAGUGCUAUCCAUGAUGAACUGUUUGCGACACAAUAGUGUUAGAGAACAAAUCUUUAUUAAUUGACAUGUGAACAUACAAUACCUCAUGUACAGUGAAUGUCACAGA